AUGGAUCGCCAGAUACUUUCCAGCUCAUGGGUAGAGCCUGUCGGCUUUGUGCGCCCUGCUACCAUCGAAUUAUCAGCUCUGGAUAACCUGACAGCAUCCGUCUACCCUACGCCAACCAAGUUCUUCCCCUUGAUGCCAGAAGCCGACCCUAUACAGCUCUAUGAUGAUUGCAAACGUGGCCUCGCCCGUUAUUUAUAUCAGUGUCCCAUCUUCUGCGGUAAAAUUAUCAAGCACGAAACAGGGCGCAUGUCGGUUGAUAUCCCGCCAGCACCUUAUGCUGGUGCCAAAUUUGAAUACUAUGAUCACCGAAACGAUAAGGAAAUUCCUUCAUACGACGAGUUCAGGAGUUUCGGUUGGCCGUUUGCUGACGGCAAUAAAGACGGUUUGAAAAAACUAUGCCCCGAUAACUUCCCAACCACCGAAACUGGUGAUCCGGUCAUUAUUCCUAGGUUUAAUGUCAUCAGAGGGGGAAUAGUGUUGAUGAUGUCCGCCACACACGCUACAGGAGACCUUGUACAGUUCAUCGAUUUUAUGAAGAACUGGGCUGCUCACACACGAAGUGUCUCCAACGCUCGUCUGAGCAAUCAGCCCGAGCCCCCAGCACCAGAGCAAGUGGCAGCGCAUCUAAUGGAUCGAUCACCAAUGAUGCCCAAUGUGCCAAACGAACCUGAUCUUGAUAAAGUGGCGUCUCGUGCAGAAAAUAUUCCGCAUUGGACAAUGCUUGACCCUCGCGAUCCUGAGAAGAUGGGGGACACCUUGCAAACUCUUUUCACAACGGCACGUCUGACAGACCAUGACCUUGUCAACUAUACUGAAGGUGCACUUCGCGAGCCAUCGGUCUCUGUGUGGGUAUUUCCUAAGUCGUCAGUUGAAAGCCUCAGAGACAUGGCUCAAAAAGCGUCGGCCGGGUUAAGCAAGCUCUCAAUAGUUGACUGCCUGACUGCUUUCACCUGGCAAUGCUUCUUUGUAGCAAAAUGGGCGCCUGGUCAAUCAGGUCAACAGACUGUACCCGACAUGUCACGUAUCGUAUACCUUGGAAGUGUCCGAUCACGCCUUGCAUCCCCCUUACCCCUCGACUACAUGCCUGCUUGUGUCGACGUCUUCACAGUGGAUGUGGAAACUAGAGUAUUUGCAUCUCUCUCCCCAGAAUCCUUGGCCAAGACAGCAGCAAAUAUUCGCGAUAGCAACCGUAACUGGGAUGAAAGGCGGUUCUGCGACAUGUUGGAAGUUGCGCAGAUGCACCCUAUGAAUCCAGGUAUAGUGCCGGAAGGCCCUCUCGACGCCUUGGCUACGGAUCACACACGUCUUAGUGCAGCUGUACUCGAAAAUUGGGGCCCUGGACUCGGCCAGUGUGAGGCAUUUCGUGAGCCGUAUCUUGGCCGUGUGCCUCCACCUGGUGAGAUUACUCUCCUACCACGUUGUAAUAAUGGCGACAUUGGUGUUAUGUUUGCUGGCGAGGCCGCUGUCUUGGAAAGACUACGGGAUAACGAGGACCUAAACGCCAUGGCUUCAUGCCAGUUUAUUAUGCAUGACUUUGCUAAGAUGGCUUCAAAGUGUCGCAAGGCUUCUAAAUUAUAA